AUGACGACCAUCCUUCCUCCCUUCUCUCCGAGGCAUAUCCCGCCCCUCUUCAUUGCUACCGCGUUCACCCUGGGUGGCCUGCUUCCUCUCUGGAACCCCGCCCGAGCCAUCCGCGAGUACGGCUUGCCUGAGCGGGUCGCGGAGUCUCCAACAGCACACUCACCUUUCGCUGCCUAUGGCUCCAGGACCACCAUCAUAGGGGUGGUCAUGUGGACCCUGUACAUUCGUCGCGAGUACCGAUCGCUCGAUACGGUCAUGAGCUUGCUUUUAUUCGCAGGUGGUGUAGACGGGUAUCUUUGCUGGAAGGAGGGCGUGCCAGGUCGUGGCUGGUUUAGGUUUCUUUCCAGCGUUGUGUUUGGCGUCUGGGGUCUCGCGGGACUGACAGGAGGAAUGAAUUGA